UCACCCGAGUCCGAGUAUCACUCCACCACUGCGUCUCUGGCCUUGGGUAUAGAUAGCUUAGAUCUGUUUAUCGUAUAUCAAAAGAGUUUUGCUGCGCGUAACGCUGUAAAAAUACCAUUGCUUUUUAUGUUCCCAAAACUUGGUUGAACUGAAGCUGAUUGCAUACAAACGGGUGUUGGACAGACGGAGCCUCCGCGCAUUUAGUAGCAAAAAGUUUGGAGAGCAUUAAGCACGAUGUCUGCCAACACGCAGCAGAGCAAGAGCUGCCCCAUUCCAACGCGUGUCCUGCAUCUAAAAGACUGGUCUCAGCUCCCAGACUGCUACAGUCAAACCCCUGGAGGGACCCUCUUUUCCACCACACCAGGAGGAACUCGGAUCAUUUACGACAGAAAGUUCCUCCUCGACUGUAGAAACUCUCCUAUCGCCCGGACCCCGCCCUGCUGUUUGCCCCAAAUUCCUGGGGUGACCGUUCCUUCACACCACCCCGUGUCCAAACUUCAAGAACUCAAAGAGGAAUUGGAAGAGGAAAAGGAACUGGCAGCUGAUGAAAGCCAGUUUGAUAUGGACAUUUGAAUCAUUCAUCUACCUCCUGUGGAGAAAUUCUCGCUUUAUGUGCUGGGAUUUUACUUGCACAAUCAGUGGACGUCACACAUUAACUAGAUUACAGUGCUAUCUAAAGAGAUAAACACUCAUGGUGUGUUUUAUUCUUUUGUUUGGAAGUAUUUGAUUUACCAGAAAAAAGAUUGUUUAUCAGUGAUGUUGUUAAAGUUCUUUAUUGUACAUACGGUACUUUCUACUAUUUGUUUUUUAUUUUAAUGAGAGAAUGUAGCAUUACAUUUAAGUCGGGGCAAACCAUGACAAAAUCUCCUCUUUUUGAGCAAAAAUGACUGUUUAAUGGUAAAGGACAACUUAAUGCCAAAAUGAAUGUCUGCAGCAAAAGAACGUAAAUGUGCCAUGCAGGGUCUCCCUGGUGUUUCAAUUGCCUGGAUUUCUCAGGUUUAUUAUUUUGAUUGAAAUAAAGGCAAAUAUUUGUCA